AUUUCUUGCUCUAACUUAUCGUCAGGUAGUAUAUAGGUUCCUUGCGAAUAUAAUGCACUCCACCGACAUUCAUUACGACUCGUUUUCUCAGCCGUGACAGGGAUUGGCUAGCGUUUGGUGUUUGGUUGGCUGUCCACUGUACUGGAAUUAUCAAUAAUGUCGGCUAUGUUCUGGAUGCAGGAGAAGAUCUCGGAAAUCGCGGGCAGGAUCAUCAUUACUAAGUUCGUAGAACACCAUGAUUCAGGUGUCUAGCAAUGCUGGGAUUGGGAAAGAAUUCGUGGAUAGCAUUCCUAAUGAUGAGAUCGGAGCCGAGCACCGGGUAAGACAUACUCAGGCCAAUCAAUCGCAGGCUCGUUCUUCGAGACAGUUCCCCAAGAUUGUCAUCAUGUCGAGACAACUUCAGGGGAGGCUCUUCCCGUAGUAUUGCCGUUGUCUCAUGUUUGAAAGAGGUAUGAAGAAUCCGAUGAGGUCAUUUGGUUAAUUAUAUGUUAGGUCCAGGCCGCACCAAGUACACCUGAACACCUGAACAAAUGAUGGAUACUUAUACUUCGACCUCGGUGUCUUUGGAAGCUACUGUUGGGCUGCUUCUUCAACCCUUAAUCGACGACCGACCAUUGGAUUCUGUCCUGGAAGCUGAUGUUGAGGUAUUCUUGAAAUCAAUGCUCUUGACACUUCUCGGAUUCCUGUUUCAUUCCGUUGAAGGGGGAUUCAAUGCUCAGGCUCCACCAGUAGAACCUGAUUUCAACCGUGACAUUUCCGCUCUGCCGGUACUGUCCUGCGCGACCGAUGAAGAUACUUUGAUCAUUGUAGGUUAUAUACCCCUGGCUUCACCAAUGAAUUUGCCUCUGCAGGUUUGGACACCUGUGCAUUGCGAACGUGCUGCAUGUCCUACCUUGCCUAGCCCUCUCCCAAGUGCCUCAGCUCUUCCAAUUGUCCAGGAGCUCCCAAAUCCUUUCGCUUUCUUCGACGGCACACCAUUGACCUCACCUGAUGACUGGGAGUGUCGUCGGGCAGAGAUCAAGACACUCGUUCAAGAAUACCUAUACAGCUACCAUCCUGACCACAGUCUCGAAAAUGUGACUGCUCGCCGCACUGGUAAUAACAUCGCCAUCACGGUGAAGGCGAAUGGAAAGACGGCUUCCUUCAGCACGACUUUGACCUUCCCCAAUAAUCGAGCUCCGACGAGCCCUAUCCCAGUUGUCAUCAAUCCUGGUGCUCUCGACAAUAAUGUUUUCUUGAGCUCUGGCAUCGCACUUGCUACAUUUGACGUCAAUUCUAUUGCUGCGGACAGUACGUCCAAGACAGGUGCUUUCUGGACACUCUAUGCGCCUGAAGAUAUUGGCGUUCUCAUGGCCUGGGCUUGGGGUUUUAAUCGAAUCCUCGAUGCCCUUGAACUAGUUGCUCCCGAGGUUGAUCCAAAACGUGUCGGUGUCAUUGGUUGCAGCCGUUGGGGAAAGGCUGCUUUGGUCGCCGGAAUGUUCGAUGAUAGGAUUACACUAACGAUGCCUAUGUCUAGUGGGUUGGAGGGUAUCAGUCAAUGGCGGUUCCUCUUCCAGGAACUGGGUCCAAAUGAGAACAUCACCAACAUAUUUGCAGGUGCUCCUUGGUGGGUAACUUCGAGACUUGGUCAAUUCGUCAACGACACUCGUCGAAUGCCCUUUGAUUCUCAUCUGCAAGCCUCCCUCGUCGCGCCUCGAGCGCUGAUCUGGGACCAAGGGUUGACUGACAUUCAAGUAAGGGUCGUGCCGGUGGCUCCUACGCAAGCUAUAUACGACUUCUUAGGCGUAAAAGACCAAUACGGCGCAGCCCUUCGUAACAGCGGUCACUGCGAUCCCAGCGGAUAUUCGAAUAUCAAGGACUUUAUGAACCGGGUGUUCUUCGGCACUCCACGUCGAGAAACUACAGUGACAUUUCGCCGUACACGCCAUACACUGCGGCAUUUUCGAGUUGGAUUGAUAGCGCUCCGAAGGGUCGUUGAAGCUUCGCCGAUCUAAUGCCAUUUGCAUGGUUCCAUGAAUAGUGAAAAGAACAAUGCUCUCUGUUUGCUUGGAUAUAUAGGUAGGAGGAUGACUG